AAUGUUACCGGUUGCCAGUCGGACCUAUUUCGCUGACGCACCGUAAGCUUCCGUCCAACGCCUUUCUCCUGCAUCAUUAAAGGCAACAAACGUGCAAAGUUUUUGAAGUUGACUAAACGGAGAGCUGACAGCCGCCGAUCCCCGACCUCAAACGUUAUGAUUUUACUGACGAUGAUCGUUCGUGUGGCGGACGGACUCCCGCUCGCUGCGUCCAUACAGGAGGAUGAACAGUCAGAAAGAAACCUCCAGCAGUACCAGAACCAGGCCAAGCAGCUGUGCCGUAAACUGGACGCUCACAGUCCAGAACGCUGUACCCUUGAGUCUGGUGACAUGAACUUUCACUUUUUAAUAGCCCAGGGUGUAUGCUACCUGUCCCUCUGCGAGGCUUCUUUUCCCAGAAAGAUGGCUUUUGCAUACCUUGAAGACCUCCACAGUGAGUUUUAUGACCAGUAUGGAAGAAGAGUACCCACAGUAACCAGACCCUACUCCUUCAUAGAAUUUGACACAUACAUCCAGAAAGUGAAGAAGUCAUAUGUGGACAGCAGGGCCCGGAGGACCUUGGGCAGCAUUAACACAGAGCUGCAGGACAUCCAGAGAAUUAUGGUUGCAAAUAUUGAGGAAGUCCUGCAGAGAGGAGAAGCUCUUUCUGCUAUAGACACAAAAGCCAGCAAUCUGUCCAGCCUGUCGAAAAAGUACCGCAACGAUGCCAACUAUCUCAACACCCGCUCCACCUAUGCUAAGGUUGCAGCUGUGGCCGUGGUGUUUAUCACACUCAUUGUGUACGUGCGUUUCUGGUGGCUCUGACAAGGACCUUGAUGCUAAGGAGUUUUUCCCUUGAAGAGCACUUAAACUAAUUGCGUUACAUGCCUGUUGUAUACCAGGGUGCCUUGAAACAGUUGUACACAGCCGACCCAUGUUGAAUGUAGACCUUCUUUCUAUAGUUUAUUCAGUGUUGGGUUAUACAGUAGAAACUGAGCUGUAGGUCUUUAACUGGACUCCUGUUUGUAUGGAAGAAAGUGCUUUAUGUAGAGUUCAUGUCAAUACUGGAAAAUUUAAAGGGGACCCAUUAUGUUCCUUUACGGCUUCGGAGUAGCUUUGUAUGAGUCAAAGUUCGAAUGAUGCUUAUUUAUCUUACACUGGGUCUUGUUGCAGCUCCUCAGUUAAUUUUCAUCUGAGAGUUUCACCUUUUUAGCCAAAUUUCUUCCCAUUAGCUGCCCUUCUUAAGCAGCUGGAUGGGGCUUCUGUGCUUCAUAGGUCACUUUAUAGAGCAUAAAGAGUUCAUAUUUCUACACAGUAAUACUGGGACUUCUGUCAGCAUUACAGAAAAUCCAUGUAAGCAUGUGCAGGGGUUUGUAAGAGUCUUAAAACUGUGAU